CUCUCUCAAGCUCCCGCCGAAUCACGGGACCCCCGCAGUCGCAGGCCGGCAGCGACUCCUACCUGCAGUACGAGUUCAGAAAUCCAAGGAGCUAACCGUCGACCCCACCUCAGCUCUUGUGUUUGAACCACCGCGCGCGUCUUCUCUGCCUGUGUGCGCGCUCCGCGACGCCGAGCCAUGUCAUCGCCGUCGGUGUCCGCGGCGGAGAUGGCGGCGGUGAAGACGUCCUCCAACGGCGUGUGGCAGGGCGAUGACCCGCUCCACUUCGCCUUCCCGCUGCUCAUCCUCCAGGCGCUCCUCAUCCUCGUCCUCAGCCGCCUCCUCGCCUUCCUCCUCCGCCCGCUCCGCCAGCCCAAGGUCAUCGCCGAGAUCGUGGCCGGCAUCCUUCUCGGGCCCUCCGCGCUGGGCCGCAACAAGGCCUACCUCCGCGCGCUCUUCCCGCCCUGGAGCACGCCCGUGCUGGAGUCCGUCGCCAGCCUGGGCCUGCUCUUUUUCCUCUUCCUCGUGGGGCUCGAGCUCGACCUCCGCUCCGUACGCCGCAGCGGGAGGCGCGCCUUCGCCAUCGCCGCCGCGGGGAUCUCCCUCCCUUUCGCGUGCGGCGUGGGCGUGGCCUUCGUGCUCCGCCGCGCCAUCCCGGGCGCUGACCAGGCCGGGUACGCGCCGUUCCUCGUCUUCAUGGGCGUCGCGCUCUCCAUCACCGCUUUCCCCGUCCUGGCGCGCAUCCUCGCGGAGCUCAAACUCCUCACCACGCCCAUCGGGGAGACGGCGCUGGCGGCCGCUGCGUUCAACGACGUCGCCGCGUGGGUCCUCCUCGCUCUCGCGGUGGCCAUCUCCGGCGGUGGCCACCGGAGCCCUGUCGUCUCUCUCUGGGUGCUGCUGUGCGGCGCGGCGUUCGUGGCAGCAUGGAUGGUGGUCGUCAAGCCGGCGAUGUCGUGGGUGGCGCGGCGGGCCGACGCCGCGGGGCAGGGAGGCGACGUGUGGGUGGCGGCGACCCUGGCGGGCGUGCUGGCGUCGGGCUUGGCGACGGACACGAUCGGGAUCCACGCCAUCUUCGGCGCGUUCGUGUUCGGUCUGACGGUGCCCAAGGAGGGGGAGUUCGCGGGGCGCGUGACGGAGCGCGUGGAGGACCUGGUGUCGGAGCUGCUGCUGCCGCUCUACUUCGCGUCGAGCGGGCUCAAGACGGACGUGGCCACCAUCCGGGGCGGGGAGGCGUGGGCGAUGCUGGCGCUGGUGAUCGGCACCGCCUGCGCGGGCAAGAUCGUGGGCACGUUCGCGGUGGCGAUGGCUUGCGGGAUGUCGGCGCGGGAGGCGGUGGUGCUGGGCGUGGUGAUGAACACCAAGGGGCUCGUGGAGCUCAUCGUCCUCAACAUCGGCAGGGAGCGCAAGGUGCUGAACGAGGAGACGUUCGCCAUCCUGGUGCUCAUGGCGCUGGUCACCACCUUCAUCACCACCCCCACCGUCAUGGCCAUCUACAAGCCCGCGCGCACCGCCGGCCGCCGCCUCCACCACCGCAAGCUCCAGGGCCCCGUCCCCUCCGCGCCCUCUUCCCCGUCGGCCUCCGCCGGUGCGAGCGCUGCCACCGCCAACGCCAAGGAGCUGCGCGUGCUGGCCUGCAUCCACGGCGGCCACGAUGUCCCCGCGCUCAUCAACCUCAUCGAGACCAUCCGGGGACACACGCAGCCGCGCCGCGUCGUCAAGCUCUACAUCCUCCGCAUGGUCGAGCUCACCGAGCGCACCUCCUCUAUCCUUAUGGCCCGGGCCGCGCGGCGGAACGGCGUGCCAUUCCUGCGCCCGCGCCGCGCAGGAGGGCCGCCGCACGACCAGAUCGACGUCGCGUUCGACACCUACGCGCAGCUCGGGCACGUCCACGUACGCGCCAUGACUGCCGUAUCCGCGCUGCACACCAUGCACGACGACGUCGCCGCCGUCGCCGAGGACAAGCGCGUGUCGCUCGUCGUCCUGCCGUUCCACAAGCACCAGACGGGACACGGCGAAGAUGUCGAGAACCUCGGGCCCGAGUGGUGCGCCGUCAACCGGAGAAUCCUCCGAGAGGCGCCCUGCUCGGUCGCCGUCCUCGUCGACCGGGGCUUCGGCGGCGGCGAGCAGGUCAGCUCGGAGCAGGUCGCGCACGGCGUCUGCGUCGUGUUCUUCGGCGGGCCGGACGACAGGGAGGCCCUUGAGCUCGCCGGGAGGAUGGCCGAGCACCCCGGCGUGCAGGUCACCGUCGUGCGAUUCGUGGACGGCAAGGCCGGCAGCGAGGAGCACGCCGAGGUCACGCUGCGCCCGUCAAACACCAAAAACGCGGACCGGAACUACACAUUCACGACGGCCGUCGUCGACAGCCGCAGGGAGAAGGAUCUGGACGAUGCGGCGGUGGCGGAAUUCCGGCAGAAGAUGGGCUCCCUGGUGCGGUUCGAGGAGCGGGUGGUGGUGGGCAACGUGAUCGAGGAGGUGGUGGCGAUCGGGAAGAGCAGAGAGUACGGGCUGGUGGUCGUUGGCAAGGGCCGGCUGCCGUCCCAGAUGGUUGCGCAGCUCGCCGUCCGCCCGGCGGAGCACCCGGAGCUCGGGCCCAUCGGCGACGCACUGGCGUCAUCCGGCCACGGAGUGACGUCGUCGGUACUCGUUGUGCAGCAGCACGACAUGAGCAACGCCGAUGAGGUGCCAGUCUCUGUCGUCAUCGAUGGCCAUGCUCACGAUGGCGAGUUCGCCAAGGACAUGGCCGAGCCGUAAAGACUUGCUCCGAAUUGAGUGAUCAAGGGUCGCUUGAUCCAGCAGGAUGAUGAUGACUAAAAAUAUUGCUAAUUGCUUUUUAAGGUUUAUUAUGCUAAUAAGUUGAGAAUUGCUUGCGAUGUAAUUAUCUAUACUGUUAUAAAAUACACGAGUUAUGACA